AGUAUUUUACAGAAAAAUAAAUUGAAACUCCUUUGAGCUUUGUGAUUGGCUUUCUCGUCAAUGUCAAUGGCAUAACAUUUUAGCUUUCAAAUUCAAAUGUCUGUCAUAAAAAAUUUCAACAACGGUUGUCGUGGUUACAGUUUGUUUAUAUCGGAAAUCUUUGAAUUAAUGCGAAUUUAACAGAAAACACAUUAUUAGAAAAGUAUUUAUAUACAAUGGAUUCAGUAACAAGUACAGAAAAUGUGUGUAUGGAUAUAAAAAUGACCCAAGAGAACAUGUUGCUUGAAAUAAUACGAGAAGUGUGUAGUGAAAAUAACAAAUUGUCGGAUAAACUGAAGGGCAAAGUGAACAGGAUUAUUGCUGACUGCGACCUCUCAUAUUAUUCUAGUCUACACAGGCUUAGUACGGGGGAUGAGAGCACUGCUACAGUAUUAGGUUUCAUGCACCAAACAGCAGCAGAGUUAACAUUCGAUGAGCAAUCCGAAUUCAACCAAGCAGUGUUGCAAAAAAUACAAACGAAACUACCCGCGUUCACCGCAGAGCUAGAACAUUUAAAACAAUCAACUACGAGUAAGAAACCCCUAAGUGAGGAGAAGAAAGAACUUCAAGACAGUAUCGAUGAGAAACUAAGUACUCUUGAAGAACAGGAGAGUGAGAAAGUAGAGCUGAUGAUGGAGUGGCUUAACCAUAGGCUCCGAGAUGUUACUAAGUUCAGUCAUGAUUCUAGCGAACUGUUGACGUUGAAGACUAAGAUUCUGGAUUUGAAAUCUAAAAUUCUUCAUCUACAGAUCCUGCAAAACAUUUUUACUGAAACAAACCAGUCUAUAAAAGCAUAUGGUGAGAUACAUAAGGAUAUGAAAGACGCCAUUAAAGAAACUGAACUGAGGAUCAAAAACUUCAGAAGUAUCAUAGACAGUGAUGCAUAAUAGUUAACAGUACAAAAGAAACUAUGAGAACUGUAAGGUGGUUCGUUAUUGGAUCAUUUUAGAAUUUCGUGACUGUAGUUCUCGCCAAAUAUCUUUGCGUUUCUGAUGUUAGCUUUUUAAAGUGUUAAUCUUAUCGGGAACCUUUGCUCUUCAACAGGCUAUUGACGUCUCAAUAGUAAAAAAAUACCAUACCCAAAUCUAUACUAAUAUUAUAAAGCUGAAGAGUAUGUUUGUUUGUUUGUUUGUUUGAACGCGCUAAUCUCAGGAACUACUGGUCCGAUGUGAACAAUUCUUUCAUUGUUAGAUAGCCUAUUUAUCGAGGAAGGCUAUUGGCUACUUUUUGUCCGGGUUCCCACGGGAUGCGGGUGAAACCGCUGGCAGAAGCUAGUACCUAAUAAAUAAAAAACACCUAUGUGCGUGAGUGAGUUUUCUAAGGACUAACUUCAGAAUGCAAAGUUAUUUGGUGCAAACUGUAUUCGACCUAUGCCACCAUCCAUUUGGUUGGUUCACAAAACAACCGACUUUUGGUUGCUCGAUGGUUGUUUCUCUGUGUUCAUGCCAAUGUAAUAUCGGUGCCUAUUUACGACGCACAAACUAGUCGUUAUUAUUUUAAGAUGGAUGAUUCUAUUUUAUCAUAUUAACACAGGAUUAUCAAGUUGAUAAACAGGCUCGACUAUUUAUUAAAAGUUCUUCAUGUUCAGUUAUCACGCCCUACGAAGAUUUCAAAUGCUCGCAUUGGGUAUUUCAAAUUAAAAAAAAUACAAACUUAGUCAAUUAUUCUUUACCUGCGAAGACAGGGGAUUUAUUUGUUUUUGUUAAUUAUUGUUUCUAAUAUUUCGUAAUAAAUGCCGUUUAUUAAUUCA